CUUGAGUUCAGUGUGGGUACAUUUGCAGGCUUGAAUUCCCUGUGUGCGUAAUUUAGCUUUCUAUUGUGAAAAAAUGGUUUCCGCGAAACUUAUUCCGAAGGCUGGCGCCUCUCAGCCGACUAAGAAUACGAAGGCUUUUCAGGAUAAAGAUCGUCCAUCGUACAUCAGGAACACAAACAUCACCGCUGGGAAAGCUGUUGCGGAUGCAAUCCGUACAAGUCUAGGACCGAAAGGAAUGGACAAAAUGAUUCAAUCUGGUAAAGAAGUGACCAUAACGAACGAUGGUGCAACUAUUCUGAAGCAAAUGCAAGUGAUUCAUCCGGCCGCCAAGAUGCUUGUUGAAUUGUCAAAAGCGCAGGAUGUUGAAGCCGGGGAUGGAACCACGAGUGUGGUGGUGAUCGCUGGGAGCCUGCUUGAUGCUUGCCAAAAAUUGCUGCAGAAGGGGAUACAUCCUACCGUGAUCUCGGAAGCUUUCCAAGUCGCUGCGACGAAAAGCGUUGAAAUCCUGGAGAAGAUGUCGACGCCCGUCGAGCUUUCCGAUUCGCAGUCCUUGCUUCAGGCCGCCGUUACUUCGCUAAACUCCAAGGUUGUCUCUCAGCAUUCGUCCCUGCUUGCUCCAAUGGCCGUGAACGCCGUCAUGCGUACGAUCGACCCGAAGAAAGACACAUAUGUUGAUCUCGCCGCUAUCAAAAUCAUCAAGAAAUUGGGUGGAACCGUAGAUGACACGGAAUUGGUUGAAGGAUUAGUCCUGAACCAGAGAACCCAAGGACAUGGCGGACCCACAAAAGUCGAAAAGGCAAAAAUCGGCUUGAUUCAAUUCUGUCUCUCUUCGCCGAAGACAGACAUGGACAACCAAGUGAUUGUGUCGGAUUACACUCAAAUGGAUCGUGUCCUUCGCGAGGAGCGCGCUUACAUCCUGAACAUCGUGAAACAGAUCAAGAAAGCAGGUUGCAAUGUUCUGCUUGUGCAGAAAUCGAUCCUUCGUGAUGCUGUCAGCGAUCUCGCCCUUCAUUUCCUGGCGAAGAUGAAAAUCAUGGUGGUGAAAGACAUUGAGCGAGAGGACAUCGAAUUCAUCAGUCGCACGAUUGGGUCGCGUCCGAUUGCGAGCGUGGAUCACUUUUUGGCUGAUCAUCUCGGGAAUGCGGAAUUGGUCGAAGAAGUUCAGACCUACGGGACUAAGGUUGUCAAGGUGAGAUUGAAAGGACAGUCGAACGCGUCAAUUUAG